AUGGACAACGGGUCGUGCUGUGCCAUCGAGGGGGACCCCAUCUCCCAGGUGAUGCCGCCGCUGCUCAUCCUGGCCUUCGUGCUCGGGGUCCUGGGCAACGGCCUCGCCCUGUGCGGGUUCUGCUUCCACGUGAAGAGCUGGAAGCCCAGCACCAUCUACCUCUUCAACCUGGCCGUGGCCGACUUCCUCCUCAUGGUGUGCCUGCCUUUCCGGACGGACUACUACCGGCAACACCGGCGCUGGGCUUUCGGGGAUGUCUCCUGCCGCCUGGUGCUCUUCAUGCUGGCCAUGAACAGGGCCGGGAGCAUCGUCUUCCUCACGGUGGUGGCCGUGGACAGGUACUUCAAAGUGGUCCACCCCCACCAUGCGGUGAACGCCAUCUCCUGCCGCACCGCGGCUGGCAUCGUGUGCGCCCUCUGGGCCUCGGUCAUCGUGGGGACGGUGCACCUGCUGCUGGGGAGCCGCCUGUGCGUGCACGAGGGGGCCGCGUCCUGUGAGAGCUUCAUCAUGGAGUCGGCCAACGGCUGGCACGACAUCAUGUUCCAGCUGGAGUUCUUCCUGCCGCUCGCCAUCAUCCUGUUUUGCUCCGUCCGGAUCGUGGGGCGCCUGCGGCAGAGGCAGCAGCUGGCCCGGCAGUCCCGGAUGAGGAAGGCCACCUGGUUCAUCCUGCUGGUGGUCGUGGUGUUCGUCACCGGCUACCUGCCCAGCGUGUCGGCCCGGCUCUACUUCCUGUGGACGGUGCCCGCCAGCGCCUGCGACGCCUCUGUGCACCUGGUCCUCCACGUCACCCUCAGUUUCACAUACAUGAACAGCAUGCUGGACCCCCUGCUGUACUAUUUCUCAAGUCCCUCCUUCCCCAAAUUCUAUUCCAAGCUCAAAAUCCGCAGUCUGAGAGCCAAGUGGCCAGGACCCUCCAAGACCCGAGGGCCGGAAGAGAUGCCAACUUCCAACCUGUGUGGCGAGGGCCGUGCCAACGUGGCCAACAGCUUCCAAAGCCAAUGUGACGCCCAGUGGGAUCUGCACACGUGCUGA